AUGGAUAUUAAAGACGUAGCAUUCACAAUCGAGACAAAUAAGGCGUCUCCUUCUUCUUCGCCAAAAAGGCAGAAUGUUAAGGAAGGUUUCAAACUCUGUGGUGGUUUAUUUCUUGGGUUUUGGCUGGUUUUAUUACUUAUUGCCAUCUUUGGAGCCAUUCCUCUCACCCAAUUGAUCGUUGGUAGUGUGCUUAAGAACGAAUGUUCAAUUAACAAUCGUAUUCCUAUUUUUCUGAUUGUAUCAGGAGCUGUUGGUUUAGUUUUGAUCAUUACCGGGUUAAUUCAGAAAGUCAUGACCGAUAAAUACUAUUGUCUUAUUGUGCAAAUACCAUUAGGACUUUUCGUAUUCAUCUGGUUCAUCAUUGGCAAUGUUUGGGUUUUUACUGCGAAGAAGACAGUUCAAUUUUCUGAUCCUACUAAUCCAGCUACUUACUGUCAUAGUGCAGUGUUCAACUGUGCUCUUGCCACCAUCAUCAUCACUUAUGUCUCGUUAUGUUGUGGAACAUGUGGUGGAAUAUGCAUCCGUAAUUGA